GAAUAUUCACCUGCCAACAGGAAGUGAAUGAUGUGUAUGUUUUGUACACAGCUGUGCCGACGCAGAGAAAAAUACCAUCUGUUUGAAGAUUUUAGCCGUUUCGGUGUUUAUAAGGCUUUUUGUCGACAGUCACAGAAAGUUUUCUUGUAAUAUUUAGGAACCAUUCAGGCUCUAGAAGUUACCGGUAACUGAGCUAACUUCAACCCGGCGGUGUUGUCAUGUUCACGGCGUUUUCCCUCCCAGCCACCCUUCGGCUCUUCCAGCAGGGGUGGGAAUAGAUGGGGUCUGUUGGCGCCGAAUGAUGGCGGCUUUAACCCGGGAUCAUCAUGGCUGCUGUGACGGAGUGGCGCUACUUCAGCGGCCGCCGCGUCCUCGGAGGAUGGGGCCCGCUGCUGUGCGUGGCUUUCGGUUCUCUGGUGGGCCUCCUGCUGCCCCUGGUCGGUGUGGAGAAUCAGUGCUGUGCCUCCCUGAGGGGCAUCUCUCAGCUCCGCUGCCAGCUUUGGGGGCAAUCCCAGCCGCCCCCGGCUGUGCAGUCCACCAGCCUCACUGUCCCCUUCACUGCCCUGGAUGUACUGCCUCAGAAGUCCAAACCGACCCAAGAGAUGGAGCUGGAGGCCAAAGCGGCCCUGCAGCAGGCUCUGGAGAUGAGGAAACUUGGGAAGAGGGAGAAAGCUCACAAGCUGCUGGUGCAUGCUCUUAGCAUGAACCCGGACUUUGUGGAUGCUCUGACGGAGCUGGGGACCAUUCUGGAGGAGGAGAAGGACGUGGUUCAGGCGGACCAUCUCUACACCAAAGCCCUGGCCAUCUCUCCUUGUAACGAGCGAGCUCUGGUCAGCCGAGACCGAACUCUUCCCCUGGUGGAGGAGAUCGACCAGCGUUACUUCAGCUUGAUUGACAGUAAAGUGCGCAGGCUCAUGUCCAUCCCUAAAGGCAACUCUGCUCUCCGCCGGGUGAUGGAGGAGACCUACUACCACCACAUUUACCACACGGUCGCCAUCGAGGGCARCACGCUCACUCUGUCCGAGAUCCGUCACAUCAUCGAGACGCGCUACGCCGUCCCCGGCAAGAGCCUCCAGGAGCAGAACGAGGCCAUCGGCGUGGACGCGGCCAUGAAGUACAUCAACACCACGCUGCUGUCCAGGUCGGGAGAAAUCACCGUCAACGACAUCCUGGAGAUCCACCGACGGGUGCUCGGCUACGUGGACCCCGUAGAGGGGGGGAGACUGCGCACCAGCCAGGUGUUUGUGGGCCACCACAUCCCGCCUCAUCCCAAAGACCUGCAGCGACACAUGCAGGAGCUCGUUCAGUGGCUCAACUCCGAGGAGGCCCUGCAGCUGCACCCGGUGGAGUACGCGGCUCUCGCCCACUACAAGCUGGUGUACGUGCACCCGUUCGUCGACGGCAACGGCCGCACGUCGCGGCUGCUCAUGAACCUGGUGCUCAUGCAGGCGAGCUACCCGCCCAUUACCAUCCGCAAAGAGCAAAGGGCCGAAUAUUACACCGCUCUGGACACAGCCAACGAGGGGGACGUCCGACCGUUUAUUCGCUUCAUAGCCAAAUGUACAGAAAUCACUUUGGACACUUUGUUGAUUUCGACCACAGAGCAUGCUGUGGGACUGCCAGGAGCGGACCGGGACCAGGCCUGUCCCAGCUGCAAACAGACCAUACCGAUCCAUAAAUAAACCAGGGGGUGGGAGGAAUGCAGCAUGCAAAGUUACAGUUAAUUUUAUUUAACACAUUUUUAUUGGCAAAUCAACAAAAAAAGUGUUAAAUCCCCGUCUGAUGGUCGGAUCCAUCCAGAUCAUU